AUGACGACCGCACUAACCACCCACUCCCAACUCACCAGCCAGGGCCUCCUCCAGUCCACCCCCUCCACCGCCACCCUGCCCUCCCGCACCCCCGCCCAAGCCGCCAUCACAGCCUACGACCCGGCCCUGCACACCCUGCGGUUCGACAUGCUCGCCGUGCUGCACAGCAUCCAGCACCCCACGCCCACCCUCUGCCAGCCCUGCCAACACUGGCUCUACCUCGAAGUGCACAGCGCCUACGUGGUCCUGCUGACCAAGCCCCCACCCCGGGAAGCCCCGGGGUCACGCAUCUCCCGCGCCGCCAUCCACGCCCCCUCGGGCUUGAUGGACUUCACCACCACCUCCCAACCCACCCCGACCCUCGUCAAAGACGCGACCGCCAUCCUGCACUUCCACGACCCCACCGCCCGCGACGCCACCCUCGACCGCCUCUUCGAAGUCCUCUACCGCCCGCACGACGACACCCUCAACCUAAUCCAGACCCAAAUCUGGCACUGCUUCGCCGGGCGGUACACCGUCUACGACGCCGUCGCGGGCCGGUCGUUCACCGAGUUCGCGCGCACGCACAUGCAGCUGCUGACGAACCUGACGGGCGGGCGGGCGCGGGGAUCGGGGCGGGUCCCCGGCUGCCUGACGGGCCCCGGGGAGGGGUGUUUCGGCGGGCCGGUGGAGUGUGAGUACCCGUUCAAGGGCGUCGUCGGGUCGCAGACGGGGAGCGCGCUGGAGGCGGCGGAGCGGCACACGGACGCGGCGGUGUGGGACGUGGUGCAGGCGGAGCUGGGGGAUAAGGACGGGUGGCCGGAGGGGUUGCGGGGCGAGGAGGAUUGGUUGGUGGUGCUGGGGGUGCUGGAGCAGACGGAGCGGUUCCGCGCCGCGAUGCGCGUGCUGGCGAGGACGGGGCCGUACCGCUGCCGGGCGAGGUGGUGUGCGAGGAUGGCGGAGACGUGGAGGACGGGACCGGAGGCGCGGCGCGCGGCGGAGCUGGCGGGGAUGGAGACGGAGGUGGAUGAUCUGGAGGGGACCAAGAAUUUGCUGGAUGGUAUUUCGGGGCAGCUUCUAACGCGGCAGUGGCUCGAACACAAUCAAACGCUUGAGUAUGGCGAUGACAUGGAGACCGACUGACCUUGUGCUGCUCUAGGUGGAGCACUGAGCUGCUCGAAGAACCUGGUCCCAUGGUGUUUCAUAUACCACUUGGUCAAAAUAGGAAAAACACCAAAAGUUAAAGCAAAAACAUACAACACUGGGGAUUCGCUGGUCGUCACCGACCCAACUACUGGUCCAGCGGUCGCUAGUUUAUCUAGGGGAGAGCGGACGGGAUCCCGAGCUUUCUAG